CGAAAACAUUCAAAAAUCCAUGAUACCUCCUGUCCCAUUCGUAUGUUCGUUUCUCGGCGUAGCACUUCCUUUACAGGUUAGGCCUCAAUGGCAUAGGUUCCUGUUUAAAUAGUCUAAAUUCUGUCAACCCAACCCUUUCUUUCCCUUGUUUCUCUUCUCGUCGCUCCUUGACCCGCCUGUUCCACCAUGACGCCGCCGAAGCCGAAACGAAAACCUGCCCAGUCGGAGUACAAGGCCAUCGCCGCGCAGUACGCGGAGGCCAAGCGCAUAAAAGAGGCCGAAUAUGCGAACCGCACGCCCGAGCAGGUAGUGGAGGAGAAGAAGCGGGAGAGCGCGCUGGAGCGACGUCGACAAGCUCUGGAGGCGAGCCGGAAGGCCGGCUUCGAGGCGCGGUGGUGGUGGACCGUCGCGUUCUGGGUCUGGAUGCUCUGCAUACACGUUGUGGGCAUCGGUUACUUCACCAGCGGCUUCCUCUUGACGCGUCUGGUGCUAGACGAGAAGUCCAGUUGCGCCGUCCCGCCGCUGAACAGCAGCGUCGACAUCCUCCCGGACUGGCCGGGCAAGGGCACCGUUGACGGCGGUUGCUGGCACCCCAAGACCUUUGAGAGGGCCGUGAUCAUCUUGAUCGACGCGCUGCGCUACGAUUUCACCGUCCCGAAGGAAGACAAUGCCGCCUUCCACAACGCCUUCCCGUUCCUCUACGACACGGCCGUUCAAAAGCCGCAUAAUGCCUUCCUCCGCCCCUUCAUCGCGGACCCCCCCACGGCCACCUUGCAGAGACUCAAGGGCCUGACAACCGGGACGCUGCCGACAUUUAUUGACCUCGGGAGCAGCUUCGCCGGGACGGCGAUCGAGGAGGACAAUGUUCUUAUGCAGCUGCGGGACGCCGGAAAGCGGAUCGUGCAUCUCGGCGACGACACUUGGGAUUCCCUGUUUCCUGGCUAUUUUGAGGCGAACAUGAGUCGGCCGUACGACAGCUUCAACGUUUGGGACCUGCACACCGUGGACAAUGGUGUCCUGGAGCAUAUUUUCCCAUUAAUGGAACGGACCGACGACUGGGACCUCCUUAUCGGCCAUUUCCUUGGUGUGGAUCAUGCGGGACAUCGUUACGGGCCAGAGCAUCCGGAGAUGACGAAAAAAUUGCAACAGAUGGACGCGUUUGUCCAGCAGUUUGUCGAGACGAUCGACGACAAGACAUUGCUAGUCGUCAUGGGAGACCACGGCAUGGACGAGAAAGGAGACCACGGCGGCGAGAGCGAUGACGAAAUAGAAUCGACCUUGUGGAUGUAUUCCUCAAACCCCAUCUUUGGCAGGACGAGUCGGGAAUUUACAACUCCCCCGGCAACUGCCAAAAUCCGCCCUGUCAACCAGAUCGACCUCGUCCCGACCCUGUCAUUGCUCCUGGGCAUCCCCAUCCCAUACAACAACCUUGGCCAGCCGAUUGAGGAGGCCUUCGCUGGCCUUCGCGGCGAUGCCUGGGACAAUCUGGCGGCGGCUGCGAGAAUGACGGCCGCGGGAAUAAAGCGGUACCAGGCAUCCUACUUUGCCGCCCGGGGGGUUGAACAGGCGCCCACCCCCGGAUCCCCGGCCGAGUUCUGGGCCAAGGCCGAAGCGGUAGUUGCUAAAGGCAUGCCCAACAAGAACGGCUGGGCGCCAACUUACGCAGCCUUCUCGGCAUACCAGGCGGAGACACUGAAGGUGUGCAAGAGCCUGUGGGCGCGGUUCGACCUGGUGAGCAUGAUCAUCGGCAUUGCAAUCAUGGCCCUAGGCGUCCUCGUGCUCCUGGUGUAUGUGUCAAGAGACGAAGAUGACGACUUGGCCGUGCUGGAAGAUGCUGAACUUGAUAUGGCCGAGAGGAGCCUCGAACUUCAAGGGGUGAAUGCCGGACCUAGCACGGCCUCGUACCACGGCCUGAACAAAAGUCUGGUGCGCGCUGCCCUGCUCGGCGCUCUGCCCGGCUUUGGUGCAGGCGUGGCGCAAUCAUUUAUUUCAGGCGAGGGAGAUUGGCAUCGUGGCGCGUCCCUCGGGGCCUUGACAAGUCUAGCGACGGUGUCGGUGGCGCUCUUUGGAGCCGGCAAGUCUCUUUGGGAUAUGCUCCCGAAGAGUUUCUGGGGCUGGCUGUCCGUCAUUUUCACUCUCAGUCAGUCGAUCGGAUUUGCCUCCAACUCCUUCACCAUAUGGGAGGACUCCAUCCUCCUGUUCUUCACCUCGACGUUCGGCGUCGUCAGUGCUCUUUCUGCUCUUAGGCUCCCGUCUCUCGCCGACCGUUACCUGGCCAUCUACCAUUCUGUCCUAUUUGUCAUCCUAGGCCGUCUUGCGUCCUUCUCAAAGCUCUGCCGGGAGGAGCAGAUGCCCUACUGCACCUCCACGUACUACGCCUCCGCCACAUCCUCGACUUCCGCCCCUUGGCAGCUUGCUAUACCCUUUGCCGUCUUUCUUAUCCUUCCUUCUAUUGUCAAGGCAUAUCUGGUUCCGACAAGGUCAUACGAAGGAUUGGCUCCGACAUGGAUCGGCUACGUCUUUCGGGCCGGUCUGUUCAUGUCGGCCGUCUUUUGGGUGCUUGAUUCGGCCGACAAUGGGAAUUGGAUGCCGGAGCUCCCAGAGAAGACAUUGAAGACUUUCAGCGUCUAUGUCGCCCAGCUUGUCCUUGGACUCGCCGUCGUCGCGGGCACUACAGCUUUCAUCUGGGCUCCCCCCUGCGUCUCUAUCAUCACAACUGCCUCGAAGUCGGGCAGGGCGCAAGUGACCGUGCUGGGGUAUGGGAAUGCGAACGGGGCGCGCUACCUUCUCCUGCCCCUGAACGUCCUGGGGGCGUGCUUCCUCCUAUCCAAGCCUAUGGGUGGUGGCGCCCUGGGUCUGAUGAUGUGGCAAAUCUUGUCCCUUGCCGAAAUACUGGAUCUCAAUAACUUGACAAUGGAGACCAUUGGCCCCGUCAUGUUGGGCCUGCUCGGCAACUUCUACUUUUUCAAGACUGGGCAUCAAGCUGCGUUAAGUAGCAUUCAGUGGGACAGCGCGUUCAUCCCGCUCUUCACGAUCCGAUACCCGUGGAGCCCUGUUGUUAUCGCGCUCAACACCUUUGCCGGCCAGAUCCUAGCCGCCGUCGCGGUUCCGUUGGUGGUGCUGUGGAAGGUGGGCCCGAAGCGGAAAGGCCUCCUGGAGAGCGUGAGCAGGGCAUUGGGCAUCUUCGUUGCCUACUUCGCUGUCGAAUCUCUGGCGACGAUGGCCUGGGCUGGCUGGCUGAGACGUCACCUGAUGUUGUACAGGGUCUUCAUGCCCCGCUUCAUGACCGCUGCCAUACUGUUGCUCGUUGUGGAUGUCGUUGGGAUACUGGUCGCUCUCCCGGGUGUCAGAUCAAACACCUUGGCGAUUGGUGAGGUUUUUGGAUGGUCGGAAUGAAAAGAAAGGAAAGAAGGUCCCCUGUCUUCAGUGUUCAAGGGAGUGUAUAAUAUGUGUGUGUGUUCUAUAGAGAAUCAGAUACCAAGAUACCCUUUUUGUCUAGG